GAAAAAAAAUGUAGGGAAGAGAUUUUUUUUUUUCCAUCCCCUGACGAUGUCAAUGUCUGCGCCAAAUCCUCCUCCACUCCGACUGCCAUGGCUCUCCAAACUUGCUCGGCCCUCUCAGAUCAUCAUCGCUCUCUCUUCAACCUUCGACCCUUUCCGUUCCCACCUCUGAAUUCCAGCACCUCGCGUUCGAUCACCAAGCCUCGCAUUCCAACUCGGAAUCGCAGCCCUCGCGCCCAAGUCCCGUUCUUGCCAGCAGUUCGUUUGAGCAAGAGGAGGGCCGCGAGCCUCUCGAUUCUUGCCAUCCUGCUAAAUGGGUGUGGCUCGAGCGCGUCGCUGGCGACGUUGCCUCAAGAAGUGGAGCUGGAGAGGUACACAGACUCCAAGGAGGGCUUCACCCUCCUCAAACCUUCUUCUUGGGUUAAGGUGGAUAAAGCAGGAGCGACGGUGCUGUUUGAGGAGCCAACCAAGGGGAGCAACAACGUGGGAGUGGUGGUGAGUCCUGUUCGUCUUGCGAGCCUUGACGAAUUUGGGAGUCCUCAGUUUGUUGCGGACAAGCUCAUACAAGCCGAAAAGCGCAAAGAAAGUACGAAAGACGCUGAAGUGAUUGGAGUGGCGGAGAGAUCUGGCCGGGGAGGCUUGCAAGUUUAUGAGUUUGAAUACAAAUUGGACAGCAGCAGGGGAGGCAUGAAAAGGAUCUUUUCGGCUGCAUUUGUGACCUCAAAGAAGCUCUAUCUGUUAAACAUCGCUCACUCGGACAAACCAGAGAGUCCACUUGACACCCAAACAAGGAUGAUGUUGGAGGAAGUUCUCCAUUCUUUUGAUGCUGUUCCUGGCAUAUGAACAUCACAAUCCAUAGCAACGUGACUAUUUGCUCAAUGUUGCUCCGCACACGGUUACUGACUCCUGAGGUAAUGCACUACUGAAUUGAUUUUGUUAAAUAGGUGUCGAUCUAAUGAAAAGAGAAAACUCAAGAUGGUUUGUGCUUGGACUGUUGCAGAGGGAUUGAACUUUGACCUCUUUGAUCCAAAAAGGUGGUGCAGAAUUUGAAAUAUGUUAGCUUAAAGAUUCUUCUGUGUCAGUUCUUUUGCAUGUAUGCGCAACAUAUAAUGCUUACUAUGAUCAUCCGGCACCUUUUACGCACAACUUGAAAUGCUACUUGACCGCGCGCGAAACUUCAACAUUUGAACCUAUUGUAUCAGUGAGGGCACUUCAAGAUUCUUUUUCAGGCA